AAGAAUCUUAAAGCAGCAGGAGAUGGGGAAAAUUAGACGUGCUGGCUGUGUGAAUGUAGGUGCUAGGAUACCCGCCUGAGAAGAAGGUUAAUGGAACAACUGCGGGAUCCAGUUAUGCAAGAAGAUGCAAAUAUUAAAGCCAUUAAUGAAGAGUACAGGAAAGCCUUUAUUUUUAUCAAUAAAGGACUGAAUACAGAUGAACUGGGUCAGAAGGAAGAAGCAAGAAGUUACUAUGAGCAAGGGCUUGACCACUUGCUCCGAGGAGUUAGCAUUCCAUCAGAGGGUCCUGCAUGUGUAGGGUCCCAGUGGGAGUCUGCCAGGCAAAUGCAACAGAAGAUGAGAGAGACCCUGCAAAAUGUUCGUGCUCGACUCGGCAGUCUAGAGCAAAACACUCCACCAGUACAAGCAUCUCCUGCUAUGAUGGAGGCCCCUCCUGGGGUGCCCAAGUUAUAUCCCUCCAUUCCUUCCAAAGAAAAGCCAGAAAGACCCCCUCCCCCUAAUUCUCUGUUUGUACCAAGUCAGCCGCCUGCAGCAGAUGGAAAUGGUGCAGCUAUGAGUCAGGGGCAGAUUCCAGCUAUGAGUCCAUCAUCUGCAAAACCUCUUUGUUUGCCAAAUGAAGCACCUCCUGCCUAUACUCCUCAAGCUACCAAUGGCCACUUUACUGUGUCCUAUGGCACAGACUCUGGGGAGUUUUCUUCUGUCAGUGAGGACUACUACAACAACAAAUGUACUCAGCCACCUCCCCUGGAAAACCUGGGAGUGGAUGCAGAUGAGCUGAUCUUGAUUCCCCAAGGAGUACAGAUAUUUUUUGUGACUCCUGAUGGGCAGGUUAGUGCUCCUUCAUAUCCUGGAUAUCUGCGCAUCGUGAAGUUCUUGGAUACAGAUAGUGAAGCUGCUCAGAAUCGUCCACCGGCGUUUCUUCAGGUUUGUGACUGGUUGUAUCCUCUGAUGUGUACCCAGUCUCCUGUUCUGUGCUGCAAUACCGGAGUCUACAUGUUCCCCGACACAAUAUCCCAGAUACCAGGGUCCUACGUGGGAGUAGUGCUAUCUUCAGAACUUCCAGCAGCUGACAGAGAGCUGUUUGAGGAUCUGUUAAAACAGAUGUCUGACCUACGAAUACAGGUGCCAGGAUCCCAUGAGAGAGUAGGGUUACCUUCAAAGCUCCCAGCAACUAAAAGAGCACAUUUUGAAGAUAAAUUUAAACAGAGGUCUGGCCACAAAGUCCAGCCUCCUGAAGCCUCUAGUGAUGCAAUUCACUUGCCUGAGACUGUACAUAUCCAGCCACAACCUGAACAAGCAGAAGAUCAGAAAGAGUUACCAGAAUGGAGUGAGAAAGUUGCCCAUGGAAUCUUGUCAGGUGCAUCUUGGGUAAGCUGGGGCCUAAUGAAAGGAGCAGAAUACACGGGUAAAGCUAUUCACAAAGGAGCUUCUAAACUGCGAGAGCACAUUCAACCAGAAGAAAAACCUGUGGAAGUCAACCCAGCUGUAGCAAAGGGACUUCAUGUAGCAAAACAGGCUACUGGAGGAGCUGUGAAAGUCAGCCAAUUCUUAGUUGAAGGGGUGUGUUCUAUAGCGAGCUGUGUCGGAAAGGAGCUGGCUCCACAUGUGAAGAAGCAUGGCAGCAAAUUAGUUCCAGAAUCCCUAAAGAAAGAUAAAGAUGGCAAAUCUACUUUUGAUGGUGCUCUGGUUGUAGCAGCAAGUGGAGUUCAAGGGUUUUCAACAGUGUGGCAAGGUUUAGAAAGUGCAGCGAAGUGCAUUGCUAAAAGUGUUUCAACUGAGACUGUAAAAACGGUCAAACACAAGUAUGGAGAGGAUGCUGGUCAUGCUACAGACAAUGCUAUGAAUUCUGCAAUCAAUGUUGGUGUUACAGCAUUUAACAUUGAAAAUAUUGGUAUCAAAGCUGUUGUAAAGAGAACUGCAAAGGAAACUGGCCAUGCUGUGCUAGAUGAAUAUAAAGUACUGGAUAAUGAGAAGAAGGAGAAUUUCUCUUUUCACCUACAAAAAAGCUGAUCUUACCCAAAGUUCAUGUUAGGAAAAAUGAAAGAUGAACCUCAGGUUUUGCAUAUAGCUCAUGCCCUUCAGUUUCAUCUAUACAUCAUCAAAACAAAGACUUGUAUUAAAACAACAGUUAAGAUCAAGGUGUUACAGUCUUCAAGAGACCACAUUGGAGUACACUGAGGAAAAACAACAUUUAAAUGCCAUCAGUAUCAGGUAGUGGUGUCCUGCUCAACCUGCUUUUGUUCUCUUCAUUUGUAUGUGUUUCAAAAUGGAUUAAAACUAUUCUUUGAAUGAUGCCUACCCCAUUUUACAGUUUGUAAUGUGAUAUAUCCAUGAUCUCCCCUUUUACAUUGUUCCAAAGUUUAGUUAAUUUUCUCAGCUGAUAGUAUUACCUUGCUUCACCUGCUACUUCUUAGGCCCAGGGUAGCAACUCCAUAGGCUUGUUCUCCAUUCUUCUACCAUAUGCAACAGCCUUCUCAUAUUUACUGCCUUAUCUCAGCUCUCCCUUUUAUAUAUUAAGUCCCCAAACCUCCUGUCUUAGGUUGGUUUUCUAUUCACAGCUUGGUUUUGUUUCUUUGAACACUGAACAUCUUUUGAUACAUGGCAGUCGUAGAAAUUUUACUAAGCCAUGUAGUGUAUGAACUACUAUGUGAUUUCCUAAGGCAUUCUUACUUCCAAAUUCAUUCAAAGACUUUUCUGCUACAAUAUUGGUCUCAAAUCUUGUCUUGAGAGGAUUGAUCUCUAAGUCAUUCUAAGCUACAGCCAUCUCUGGCGUUUUCAUCAUUGUGUAGAUAUAAACCAUAGUUCUUAUCUCAAAUCUAAGCCCCUGUAUUUGAAUGGAUUCCUCAAGAUUCCAAGGGUUAUUUGAUUGGUUUGUUUAAUGCUGGUUUAAAGCCAACUUGGAGUAGCCUAUUUUUAAUAUCCGUGAAUAAAUCCAUAAUCCUUUAAAAAGAAUUGGUAAACCUACCUACCUUCCACUACAAAAAAGACAUGCUGACCAGCUUACAACAGAAUGGUGAGGGUUGGAAGGGAGCCCCUGGUCUGUAAUCCACCUCCUACUGCUCAAAACAGGUCCAGCCUGGAGCACAGUACUCUGCUCCAAUUCUGCUCAUGUUGUGACUGUCUCCAAGGAUGAAGACUUCACUGCCCUUCUGAGCAACUUUUACCCAACUUGACUCUGCUCAGUGUUUUCCCUUAUACUGAGCCAAACAUUUUUAAAUGCAGGUGCAUUCUAUUGCAUAUCCUUCCAUCAUGCACACUGGAGGAAACUUUGGCUUCUCCAUCUUAUUUAGACUAUGUAAUAUUUCAUAUUACAUAGCUGAUUACAGCACUAAGCUCUCCUUAUGCCUUCUCUUCUCCAGCCUGAACAGAGGCAAGUUCCUGACCUAAUGCAGCCCUUGGGACUUGUUUGCGAGCCAAAAGCUCAGCACUUCAGCAUGUACUGAACAGAGUGGAAGAACUACCCCCCUCAGGCUCCUGGCCUGCUAUGGCAGCCCAGAAGCCCUUCAGUCCUGUUUGCUCUAAGCCGUUGGUGGCUCAUGGCAGCUUCUUCACCAGGAAGCCUGUGUCUUCUACAACAUGGCACUACUUCAGCUUUACCCAUGCCAGAUACUGGGCUUUGCACUUUAUUUUUGUUGCAUUUCAUUAGGUUUCUCCAGGCUGUACACCCACCCAUGAAUGGUCACCCUUUUCAUCCUGCAUACUAACUGCUCCUCUCAAUUCAUUGCUGUCAUCAAAUUUGCUGAGCUCAGUCUUCUAGGUUAUCAGUCAUGAAUUAAGGGUAUUGGCUCAAGUAUUGAUCACAAACAGUCAUACUGCUGAUCUCCACACUUCAAGCCUGAUGGCCCAGCCAAUUUUCCAGGAGCCUUAUGAACCACUUAUCCAAUCUAGAACUCACCAAUUCAGCUAUAAAAGUACUCUGGGAGACUACAUCAAAGCCUUUGGUGAAGUCAAAAUAUACAACAUCCACAAGUUUCCCCUUGCCAAAACAGCCAUUCAUCAUACCUUAGUUACUGGUGCUACAGAAAUAACUUCUUUGUAAAAAUUAAUUUGUGCCUUCAGCAACUGGUCUACCUUGCUUUUAAGUAACCCUAGGUGUUUAAUGCCUUUACAUAUCAUAAAUACAUAUUUAAGUAUAAAAUUCUGUUUUCAAAACACAUUGUGUAGUGAACAAGUUUUCUAACUGUUCUUACUAAAAUUUUUGAACUCAACCCAUUAAAAGCCUUAAAACAAUGAUAAUGCCUUUAGUGGUAUCCAUAUAGCUAAUUUUAACCAAUUUAUUUGCAAUAAAGAAAUGGAGGAAAAUU